UAUAAUUUGUAAUUCUUGACCUUGUAAGUGAAUUAUCAGGUGCAGGUACAGGUAAUAUGUAUAUCUAUAGCUAUAGUUAAGUUCCAGAUGUUACCUUUCCAUUUCCACUUCACAGCAGCUCUAUAAGGUAACCUUUUAUCUACUGUAUAAAGGUAUUAUCUGCUAGAUCUAGAUCUAUUAUCUACAUCUUACCUUCAGGCUAUUGUGGCUACUAUAAAUUCUAGUUCAUAUGACACAAUUAUGUAUACAGAUCUGACUAUUCUAAAGAUCUAAUAGCCAGUAUCAGGAGCCUCAUAAGUUGCUCCUGUCAGUAUCUAGAUCUAUAUAAUUAUACUGGCAGUAGGUUUAUAUACGAGAUUAAUGUGUCAUUUGACAUGGCGUCGACUAAGGUUGUCUAAUUCCGAAGAAAAUCCUCACCAGAAAUGGCUACGAGAGCUGGCAUGAAUAAAGCACAAGAAGGAUUUGUGUGCAAGAAGUGUCUAGCGAAAAAUGAACGUAUUCAAGCAUUGCUGGGAUUACAAAUGCGAAGAUAAACAAGGCCACAAAUUCUCAGACACAGGACACAAAGAAUAUGUUCAGUGGAAUGGAACGAAAUUCGUUUCCUUAAUUCGACCGUUUCCCACCAGGAGCACAAAAUUCCUUCAAAAACUUACUGGUGUUGCAAUGUGUAAGGGCGCAAAUUGCAGACUGGAAAUGUGUACUUAUGCUCAUAAUAGAGAAGAGCAUAUGCGUUUCAAUAAUUUGUUGACAUCUUUACGAAAAGAGCUGGAUAGAAGUCAACUGAAUCCGCAAACAAGUAAUUUAAGUGUUUCAACUUGGCAACAGUGGCCCAGUCACUAUCAACAGUCAUUAAGCCAAUGUUUCAAUCCUAGAGUGGGAUAUUAUCAACCACCUGGUGUUCAAUUUCCUGAAGAAAGCCGUAAUGCACAUGGCUUACACCCUACCCUCUUGCCCUCACCUCAUUCAACCCUCAUGAGCAGACCACAGAUUACCAGCCAGUUCAAGUAUUCACAUCAAGAACAUGAAUUCGGGUAUGCUGCAAGUAAAAAGAAAUUCGAGGAAAGAAUUAUGGAAGAGUUGGACGAAAGAUACAUUCAAGAGAAGCUUUCAAGAGAAAACUAUAAAAGAAAGUAUCACAACCUGAUAUGCUGGGAGGAAAAAACCCACAUUGAAAUUCUUGAAAAAAAGCAGUGACGGUGAUUACUGCACUGACGCUGGCCAGAGACGAGGUGUUCUGGCUGUUCAAGCACAACAACAUGGCACCCCCUAAGAGCAAACACAGACCCAAUCCGGACGACUACAGUGACUCGGCACUCCCAGAGCUGCUCUUCAACAUUGCACAACUGAAAACUCUGGUUAACAAGCACCAUCGCGUUAUACUCAACUACUACCUGAGGUACAUGUCAGGCUUUGACGCACAGCUUAUGAGGAAUGUUGUCAUGGGUAUCCAAGUGUGUCCAGAGGAGGAGUCCCUCUUGAUGACCUCGUUCGUGGACACUCUGGCACGCCUCCAGGGCAAAGAGAACGCGGAGAGACCUGAGUUUGACUUCCAGGCUCUCAGACUAGACUGGUUCCGAUUUCAGUGUCUCACCUCUGUCAACAAAGCUGCCCUCAGUCUCAAGGACAACGAGAACGGAAGCCUUGCCCCGGCCAUGAAUGGGGUGGUGGUGCACUCCAAGAUGGUGGACAACUUUCAGGAGCUGCUCAUCGAGCAGACGGACCUCUCCUUCAUGUGCUUUUUCUAUCGUCAAUUUGAGAAUGAGUUCAAUCGUUGCAUGAAGAACCUGUCUCAAGUCCGCUACAUCAUAGCGUUCCCGGUCAUCCGUGGGGAGUUCCUCAACUCAACCAGCCCCUUUUGUCCGGAGGAGCGUAUCAACAUUGGUGAUCGGGCUGUGAAUUCAGUCAACCACUUUCUGGAGCUGAUAGCCAAGGAGGUCAAGUUGGUGUUGGGCCAGCUGUCCUCAGAUAGGAUGAACCUCGACGACCAGCUAAAGGUAGCCAAUGCCAGCUCUUACUACAACCAGACGCAUGCUCACAAGCUGACCAAGAAAAAAGCUGUGGCCGUCCAAACUCCAUCACAGCCGGGAGAAGAGAGCUAUCGCAGAACCAGGGAGGAGACUGUCAGAGUGGACAGCGUACUGCAGACUUUGGUGGGCCUAUCGUUCUCCGUCAACUGCUUCCCCUCCAUCACGGCCUGGGAGCACACGUUCGUACCGAGGGAGUACCUCGUCUCACAUCUCGAGGACCUCUUCAUGAAGCACGUAGUCUCGAUGCUCUCCUAUAACUCAGAGACACAGGAGAUAGCUCGUCCGUCAGAGGUCUUGGCUCGUAUAGAGUCGUACAUGGCGUCUCUGCGAACACUAGAGCUCUACGUGAACAUAGAUAUGACUCGCGUGCUGACGGCAGUGCUACUGCAGGAGACCCAGCCUCUGGACAGCAAGGGGGAGUCUACCAUAGCAUCAGCAUACACCGGAUGGUACACCAACACACUGCUGAAGAGGGUGGCAGCUGGUGGUAUUUGCUACAGCAGGAGCCGGAGGUGCUUUGUCAGCAAAGGUGUCCAUGCAUUCAAAGCCGAGGAAUUCACUGACCUUAGAGAGCUUGAGGCUCUAGCUGCUGUGAUUGGUCCGUACGGUAUUCGCUUCCUAGGAGAGAAGUUGAUGGAUCAGGUGAGUGGUCAGGUGAAAGAGAUCAAAAAGCUCGUGGUUGCCAACCAGGACUCGCUCCACGCACUGCAUAGCAAUAGAGACAAACCCGAGAUAUACUAUGAAGUCAUCAAGAAAGUCAAGAGUUCUGAGGAUCUACUGGCCCGUACGGUUAUUGUGGGCAUCAUCAUGGCAUUUCGUAAACUGACCCUGGUAGCCCUCAAUAAUGUGCUCUCCCAACGAGUGCCCUUCAUACUCAGCUCCAUUGUUGACUUCAAACAGAACCUACCGGACAAGACCUCCACUGUUGCUGAUCAAAUGGCGAUUGCAGCUGGUGUGCCUUGUGAUGUGGACCCCCUUCUCUAUAGUGCGCUCAGAUCACAGUGUGACAAGUCUAAAGAAGACCACAUGAUUUGGAGCCUGUACAUGGUGUUCCUGGGUGUGACUUUGCCCGACCUCGCCUUUAAGCCAGACUCCACCUACCUACCAUUUUUUGAGGGACAUGAGAACAACGCUCACUGUCUGGCUGUCGCCAUCACGUCAUUGCCUGGAGCAAUCUUUGCUUACUAUGGGGAUAAGGAACAGAAGGACAGAAUGAAGGAGUUCUUAGUGUUCACCAGCUCCCGUAUCAUGACACUUGCCAAAGAGACGGAAAAAGAAAAGGAUGCACCCAAAGCAAGAGAGGCCAUUUACCUUCUUCUAGACCUGAUUGUGGAGGAGUCCCCCUUCCUCACCAGGGAUCUCCUGGAGUCUUGUUUCCCGUACGCUCUCUUGAGAGAUGCCUACAGCACCGUCUACAAAAAUCCAGCGACUACAAAUCGAAAGCAAAGAGACAGUGAAACUCCAUUUUAGAAUUAAUGAAUGUCAAGUUAUGUUAUAAUAUUAGUUGUGUUUCAUAGAACUAAUGACUAUCAUAUACAUUUGAAAUUGUGCAGAAGGUUAGAAAAUUUAUAACAGCUAUAUAUAAUUAUGUGACUGAAUCAAUCAGUCAAUAGCCAGCCACCUACAUUGUAUUGUAUACUACCUUGUACAUUGAAUUUUGUGAUGAGCACAGUACAUCAUGUCAUUCAAUUGUA